CAGUUUCAACUUGGUUUUCAGUUUGUUCACAUCUCUAGAAGAUACACAUAUAAUCAAAAUGCUGAAAGCUUUAUUUCUCCUCGCUGUGCUUGGUGCUGCUACAGCAUAUCCCAACCCUGAACAGGAACAUAAUGUUGUUAAACGACAAACAGUAGUUUUUGAUGGAACGAUUGACGAUGUUCAACAAAUGGCCAAAAAUCUAGCGAUACCAGGUGUUAUAGCGGCUGCAGUAGUUGUAGUUGCAUACUAUGCUCUGGGCUUUAAGCUUGAUUAUAUAGCUACAGCAGCUAAUGAAGCAUUCAACCCUGGAUAUGAUGAUUCUCCUGCUUCUCUUGAGUAUGCUGAUCCAGUAGAAUACAGCUCUGAUGAGUACAGUCCUCCUGAUUAUCAAGGUUAUGCUAGAGCUCUGAAUGGUUUUGGUUCCCGUGUGAUGAACAGCUUGGAUUUCACCGAGAUUGCGUUGAACACCAUGAACGUGAGGAACGAGGCCUGCAAGUAUAGAGCUGUUUGUAUUGCUGAGAGAGCUGCUGCAAACAACCCUAUUGCCAGCCUAGCCAUCAACACUAUCAAUGCCCGUAUGAGUGGUCUGGGUAAGUACUCCCGAGCAGUUGAAGCUGGUCUGAAUGGAGAGGAUUGUGAACUCCUGUACGACCAGUGUAACGAGAAGAAUUAUUUCUUCUAAACUUCAACCUCUAAGCUUCAGAUGAUAAUCAAAACCCUUAAAUUACAAACUUAUCGACACUGCUCAAUUUAGGACAACCGACGAAUAGACACUUUAUCGUAAAAUGUAAUCGUAUUUAAAUCAUUAUACAGAGAAAAAUGUAAUUAUAUAAAAGGAAGUUCCUUUUACUGCUUUCGCGAGCGCCAGUAGCCUAAAUUAGGCGUAAUGUGAAUAUUGUAUACAAGGGAUACAUCGAUCAUGCUUUUUAUCUUAAUUACUGAGACAAAUCAUGAUAAAAAAUAAUGUCCUGAUCGCUGUGUCUUUAAUUUGACUGAAUCAUUUAUGUAACUUUUAGUGUCAUUAAAAUGUUGCAAUAAAAUGAAAAACUUA